CAUAGCACCAGCCGUUCAACUAGCACUGCGGAGCUACAGCAACGGCUCCCUCUGACAGCAUGGACAGAGACCGUGACGCGGAGGUACAUGAAGGCGACCAGAUUGUCGAGAGUGUCGACUACGAGGUCAUGCCUGUGCAGAAAGCGCGGACGUUGAGCAAACGCAUGUUCUAUGGGGGCUUCUGCUUUCUACCUCUCAUGUGGGGAAUGAAUGUUUGGCUGUUUUGGCCAGACUUCAAAGCGCCACGCGGGGAUCCUAUCAUCCGCAAAUACACCAAGUGGUCGGCGAUAGGGUUCAUCGUGGCGACAGUCAUCUUCCUGCCCUGGCUGCUGCUCUACGCCAUCGCGGGGAAGGAAGUCUUGUCACCAGAUGUGUACAACGCAUUAAACGCCGCGGCACUAGACCUUUCAGCUUAUGGGUUAGGUAUCAUCAACCCGUGAGGUGUGGGCCUUGCAUCUUCCGCCGCCGCCUUGGGGCAGGCGGCCGCUCUUUGCGUUGGGGCGGCGCCGCUUCAGCAGCCCCCCUAGCGCGACCGCGUCUUCAGCACCGCUUGUGUACGGAGGCAUGGGCAUUUGCCGUCAUGGGGUCUGGAUCCCGGCCGGGCCGCUUCGCCGCGCUAGAGCAUGCGCGGGUCACACGCAGUGGCGCUGCUCCCGUCAGGAUCCCAGUCGUUGCAGCUGGUGUGUGGGUAUGGCGUCAGCGGUGGGUCAGGCUGUUUGCGCAAUGCGGCAGCUGCGCUGGAGGUCGUAAGCGUGCAUUUGCGUGCGGGGGGAGACGGAUGCUGCGCGUGGGCGUUCAGGAGGACAUGUACAGGUGAUGGCUGUAGAGUCUGGCAGCACUUGCUGUAGCGGACACGUGAGCGGACAUAUGUACGAUAUGGCAUAACGCACGAGGACUGUGUGGGGACACGCACGAGGAAAACGCCGACGUGUUUGGACCGGCAUGUGCAUGUGCAGUGCAGUGCGCAAUGUAGCGCCGUGCGGUGGAUGUCUUUGACAAAGGUUCGAGAGUUGACCAGUCGAGGAUGGAUCGCUAGCAUCUUGAUGGAUAUAUCUGGGGUGUCAUGACAGGGAAUGCAUACAGGGAUCGAGACCUCGAGCACCUGAGGGAAGUGUGGUGGUAACGUAGUACUGAUGUCUUCGACCAGAACUGAUGGCAGGAUCGGCGGAGUACAGGUUAAGCAGGAUGGUGACAAAUGAGUUAACCGACAAGCAUGCCCGCGGCUUGGGUGACAGAGGCAAGGGCGACCCAGCCCGACGUGUGUAGCUGUAGGUGCGUUGCAGGCACCCACUGUGGACAUUAGGAGAGUGCAGGAUGGUGGAUAAGAAGUACAGGACAGGCCUAACAGCACUACUCACCGGUUGGGAACAAAAGAGAAGCAUCGUGCACCUGAUGCAAGUUCUUGACGUGCUUUGCUUCGGUACGUUGCAACCCGCUUACCCGCCCUGUACUCGACCUCAGCGUUCGCAUUCCUCACUUCGAUCACUGCAGCAUGGUUACCUACGAGCCUAGCGUAUACCCUGCACUGCGCGUGCGUCACAUUCGUGCACCGUCUCCAAAGCCAUGCCGCUUGCUCGACUCUGUCAUGCUUCAUCGGCAAAUCGCCAGCCACACAACGCUUCUAUACAUUUACGGUAGUCCAGUCGCAUAGCUCGAAAUGUGCCAUAUUUGGCCCACUUUUGGCCGAUACCGCUACAGGGCUUCCCAGACGCCUGCAAUGUCACGUUGAUCAUUACCAACCGCCAAUCACUGCACACCCAGCUGUGAGCGGAGCACCAAGCCAACGCCUUCCCCUGCCUGUCUGGGUUCUAUACAAGUACUUGUUUACGAUUCAAGCGGCUCGCCAUUAGCGGCUCUGAGGGGCGCAGGCAGGGCUAGGUUCAUUCGACGGCCACUCCACGGCGCUACCUGUCGCCUGGUAGUCGCCCGUUUGCUGCAACGCAUUGCCCGCAGAUGCUGGCCGUUCGCCCACGUAGCGACGCUUUACGUGAGGUCCUCGUAUCCGAUGGGCGGAUAGGGCGCGCUGCCGGACACCUGCCGCUCUGACGUCUGCAUGGAGCAAACA